GUGAGACUAUCAUUUCAUUUCUUAAUUACUAGAAGAUUUAUUAUCUCACGGGAAUCAUGACAAUGCUGAAACUCUGGAAUCUCCUUCUUGCCUAUGCGCUGAUCAGUUGUCAGAUAUACGUCUCACAGGCAGCUCCAUCCAGAUCUAGUAAGGAGUCGAUGUCAGAUGGAGUCACACUAUCGAAUGAUGAUGCCCAAAGGUUACUCAGAGCUAUCAAGGAGUUCAUGCAGAUCACUUCAGAUGAGCAAGACCACCAAACAGCUGAUGGAAACAGUAAUGCAACAGCACAGAAGCGGGGAUGCAACACUGCCACCUGUGUAACCCACCGCUUGGCUGACUUCCUGAGUCGGUCAGGAGGACUGGGACACAGCAACUUUGUUCCCACCAACGUGGGUGCCCAGGCGUUUGGCAGACGGAAGCGGCACGGCCCUGUGUGAGCACAAGAGCAGAUACAUGGAACGACUGCCUCCUUUGAGUGACAAAACUGCAUCAUCGUCUACCUGCAAACACUUGGAUGAACAUAUAUAGUUGCCCGUUUUUUAACAAAUAUGGACUGAUCUGACUUGUUUUCGGAAAGUUGUCAGUGUUAAUUCUUUGUCUGUGCUUAAAAACAGAGAAAUAACUAGUGUCAUCGUCAUCAAGGAAAAAAAAUGAACUAAACUUAAAGAUUUUUCUUCCUUUGCUUAGAGGGAUGACAAUGUGUUUGUCUCUGUCUUUGCUUGUAUUCUAUUAUUCUGACCUGUAUCAGCAUAACAGUGAGGUGAAGUGGAAGUCUGAUACUGAAUGUCUGCACUACCAACAAAACCCUCAACAACUAUGGCUGUCUUGUGCCUUGAUGUAACACUUCACUAGAUUUCAUUAUAGUGCACAAUGCGAGGGUGAAAAAUGUACUCAUGGUUCUAAAUAUUGUA